ACAACAUCUCCACCGCAACAACGCUGCAUCCGGAACCCUCUCUAUCACCCUCAGUCCGCCUUCCACCUGAAGGGUCGCACUGCGACUCGCUCUUGUCUCUUCUCUACGCGCUCCUUGCCUACAAACCCCGCUCCGGCCGGGCAGGUUUGCUGUGCGCUCCAGCUUGGGACAUACAGUCAGUGGCAAAGGCACUCAAUUCUUCAAACACAAGAAGCAAGCUGACGCCAAAAUCUCGAAUCUUUGUUUGUAGGAGUCCAGAGAGAGUAGACGACAAACAUGGCCUCCCGCGCGAGCUCAGCGUCGGAGGGCGAAGUAGUCGAACACCAGCACAAGGCAAACAGCAUCAGUCAGCACGGCGAACGCAGGAUUAACGGCUCGGACAGGGUCUUUGGCCGGGACGGAGCUUCAGAUAAAUAUGGCUACAAGUAUCGGGCUUUGAGCCGCUCGCCCUCCCCGUACCGUAGGAAGCGCACUCGCUCGCCUUCUCCCUAUCGUCAUCAGCGCGGCCCCUCCCGCUCUCCUUCGCCGUUCCGUCAUGGUCGAGACAACCGCGAACCUGACGAUUCGCGAUCAAUUGCCAAGCGCAAGGCUUUACCGCUGCCCGGCGGCCGACCGGAGAAGCGGCAUCACACUGAUCGUAGCAGGCACCGCGAACGCCGACCCAAACCGCAUCUUGAAGACAUUCGGGCCGCCCCGUCUCAGCCCACUUCCUACAACGGCCGACCGCACGCCAAGCCCAUCUCUUACGCCGACAAUGAGAGGCCAGCUCCGGUGCCCGAUUUCCGUGACGGCCUAUACCCAGCAGACCGGCCUGCUCACCACGGCAGGGACGAUUAUCAGCGUAGGGGCAUCCAACGAGAAUCUCAACCAAACGGUCAGGUCGCGUCACAUAGGCAGUCUACAGCCGCUGCCCCAUCAACCCAGAGCAAAGACGUUGAAAUGACAAGUCCAAAGGACGAGCUUGAGCACCCGCUUGAGCCAGCUAACGAGGACAAGGCGCCAGCGCAAGAGACUCGCGAGGAGAAGAGGCGUAGGUGGGCCGCUAUACGAGCCGCUGCCGAGAAAGACAAGCCAAAGGACAACCUGCUCCAGCAAGCCCUUCUUGCUAAUGCCUCUGAGAGCACCACCCCAAACAUUGCUUCACCCGCGGCACCGGUCGAAAGCUCUGUUUCGCCUGCCGGGUCUCCCCGCAUUGGUGAUUUGGAUUCCGUGCCAGCCUCUCCAGACGUCAUGGUUGUCGACAAGCAAGGAGGAGUCAGCGAGGCCAACAGCCCGACAGCAGAUGGAACAUCAGCAGCAGACUAUGAUCCCACCAAGGAUAUGCUCGAUGACCGCGACCGGGCUGCCCAGAAAGCGCGGCAGUCUGAACUUCCAUCUGAUGCCUAUAGCGAGACUAACCCGAAGCUGCUCUCCACAUUGCCUGCGGAGAAAGCGGGUCCGGCAAAGAAACAGAAGAAGGAAUUCGACAUGUUCGACUUCGAAGAUGACGAGGAUGAGAACGAAGAAGCAGGGGUUGAGGAGGCUGUGAACGACAUAGCCAAGGGAACUGUGCUCGAUGAGAAGCUGCUGGACAACUGGGACGAUCCGGAAGGUUAUUACAAGGUCAUCAGCAACGAGCUUGUCAACGGCGGCCGCUACAGGAUGAUCAAAAGCCUUGGGCGAGGUGUGUUCGCAAACGUUGCCCAAGCUGAGGACGUCAAGAUCCAAGGCGAUGACACGAACCACAAGCUCGUUGCCAUCAAGAUGAUCCGCAGGAACGAUCUUAUGAGAAAGGCUAGUCAGAAGGAGAUGGACUUCUUGCGAAAGGUCAACGAUGCGGAUCCGCACGACAAGCGCCACAUCAUCCGGCUUCUCGGCUCAUUCGACCACAAGGGCCAUCUCUGCGUUGUGUUCGAACACAUGUCGAAGAAUCUUCGAGAUCUCCUCAAAGAAGACACUAAUGGCCACGGCCUGUCACUGCAAGCGGUCAGGACGUAUGCUCGUCAAAUGUUCAUCGGUCUGCAACACCUGCAGAAUUGCCAGGUGGUCCACUGCGACUUGAAGCCCGACAAUAUUCUGGUAUCACCGGACAAGAAAACAAUAAAGCUCUGCGAUUUUGGUACAGCUGUCGACAAGCGAGAUCUCAUGGAGCGCACCGAGUAUCUCGUCAGUCGAUUCUACCGGGCGCCUGAGAUCAUUCUUGGUAUGGACAUCGGCUACGGAAUAGACAUGUGGGCCAUUGGAUGCACGAUCUACGAACUGUGGACGGGGAAGAUCCUCUUCACCGGUCGUACUAACAAUCAGAUGGUCAAGGCGUUCAUGGACUGCCUUGGAUGGCCCACCGAGAAGCUGCUCAAAAAAGGUCUAUUGCAGAACGUUCUGGAACACUUCGAAGCUGGACCUCCGCUGAAGUUCAUCAGCCGGGAGGUUGAUCAGCACGGCAUUGCUUCUAUUCGCAAGAUCGAACAGCAGAAGAAGAUACCUCGCGACUUAAAGACUCGCGUCAGCGAUGCCGCUCGCGGUAUCGCCCAAGCCGGACCGACUGCAACCGAGCUUAACGACUUUGCCGACCUUCUCGGAGCCUGCCUCAACCUCAAUGUUGAGAAGCGCAUUCAGCCAAAGGAGGCUCUUGCCCACAAGUUCUUCCCCCAACAGAAGCUCAUGCCGAGAUCCGCGGUGAUCAAGCCGAUGAUGAAGCGUUCUGGAGCCGCAGGCAUACGGAGGUAAGCAUCUUGUCACUUUUCAGCGUUGCAUGCACGCCUUUCAAGCCCCUAGGAGGUUAUGCAGAUAAUUUUUGAGAGGUGGCUUCUUACAUGGUCAUACGACAUGUCUUCGUGAAUGGACACGGAAUGCCAACUCAGGUGAUGGGCUUCUCGCAGAUGGCGAUCCCAGAGGCGCUUGUAUUAUCUGGACGUCGUCGAGGUUGUGUAUGUAUCUACUGCAGGCAUGUCCGGACAUCAGGGAAUAGAUGGUUUGGAAUGGUGACGGCUCAGUGUGGCCUACUUAAUGCACUUUCUGAAUCAUCUUUGGCUACACACGAAAUUGCCUGGGUUCACUGAAGGGAGGUUGCUUUCCAGGAACGUAAGGUCGACAUGACGCCCCCUCAGCCCUUGUCAAUGGCAAUACUAAUCCGAAUGAUAAUAUUAG